AUGCUCUCCGUGGCAAAACAUGCUGUUCCUUGUAAAAAUGGAAAAUGCGUCCUGCCUGAAUGUGUUAACCUAAAGCUCAGACGAGAAAUAACGAAUAACGCAAGAAGGCUUAAGAGGCCUGGCAGGUCACAAAUAAUGAGUCGCAGAAACUCGGGCAAGUAUAAGAAACAUGGAAGAAAACCAAGGCCGUAAGUAAAUCUUUUGUCUGAUUUACAUUAUGAAACCAUUUCAUCUUUACUGUGUGAGUGUGUGCUGGUGCUUGCGUGCGUUCGUACGCGUCAGUUUUUGAGGGGGGUUACAUGUGCGUGUGUGCGCCAGUAGAUGUGCUCAAAUUUAAUGUUAAAUUUUCAAAAAUAUUUGAACAGCAUUGAAUUGAAAACAGAAAAUUUUCUAUGUAUAUAAAUUUACCCUUGAUGAGUCGAACCAGAUUUGACAGUACUUUAGAGAUCAAAGAGCUGUGCUGUAGUCCGAAAUUCUGAAUUAUUUUGCAGCAGCCAAGUAUUUUCUAGCCGUUUCUGCUUUUUUGGUGUGCACAAAACGUUUUAUUUAAGUCCAGGCUUCGCCGCUUUAAGUUCAUGCCAUUAACCUCUAAAAGUGAUUAUAACAUCGCUAGCAGAGCCGCGCAAUCAAAUUCAGUAUACGUAAGCGUGCUCAAAAUCCCGAUAGUGCACGCUGAUAGCGUGAGCAAAUCGCUUCGCCAGAAAUUUUUUUUUUCGCGCGAGCGGCCAUUGUUAGCGCAGGGAAAGAUAAUAUAUUUCGCGACAAUAAUGGAUACAAACAGAGACUCGGCUCACCAGUCCCAAAACGAAGACAAUUUUCUGACUUUUUCCCUUGGGCUAACAUAUUUCGACAGAAAAUUUGAAAUUAAAACCAAUUCCUAUUUUGCUUGAUAUUUGGCUUACCGCGAACAAUCACUUAUGAUUUUGUUGUCCGUUUUUCGCGUCAGAUUUGAUGCACAAUUCCACCGGCCAUGUUAUGAAACAACUGGUUCAUGCUUUUAGUUGUGCACUAUCGAGUUAUGGAGCACGUGGGAAGUUUGGAAAGCACUCAAGAAGCUAGAGUUGCCCUCGGCUAUUGCCUCGGGCAACUCUUACGCUUCUUUUGUGCUCUCCAAACUUCCCACAUGCUCCAUAACUUGAAAGUGCACUUUGAAGCAUGAACCAUGUGUUAAUUAGCGUCUAAUUUCUCCUCACAAUAUCACCUCAGAAUCAGGCAUUAAGGUCACAAGAAUAAAAGAAAUGAUCACCAACCAAAUCGGUUCUUUAUUGUCAAACAAAUUCUCCUCGUCAGCACCUUACAAAAUGUAUACAGAUCAGUAUGGAGAAUAUGCAUACUGAUGUUAAGUGCGCAAAAAGGGUUAAAGUACUUUGUAUUUUCUUAAGGCUUUGCCACCCAAAGCUUUUCUCAUUUCCUCCUACAUACAAAAAAACCUAACAAAAAUCAUAAAAUAGAUCCCACUCUCUCUGAAUCAACAGCAACAAAAAUCAGAGUCCAGAGGUAAUUGAAAUAGAAGCACAAGAAGAGGCAGGUAAAGCAUGGGAAGAGGAUCUAGAGGAUAUUCUUGACAUUCUGAGACAAGAGACGUUUGAGUCUUUCUACAGUUCUCACCCGCCUAACAGUGCUACCCCCAUCGUCGAAAACAGAGGGCGACAGUGCUAUCAUGUUUUGCAGCCAGGAAUUCUGGCGGAGCCGCGUCGUUUUGACGAUUCAUCAACAUUAACAACUCUCCCAUCUCUCCAACAAUUAAAAACACAGCAGAUGGCAGAAAUCCAUACUAUAACAAGUCCGGCAGUUCACUCCAACGAUCUAGAUUUUUCAGGGACCAAAAACGAAGGAAUCGCCCCGGAAACUUUCGCUAGUAGCGCACCCAACUCAUCCAAUCUGAUGAUAGACCUUGCUAAUACGUUUCAUACACCAUACACCCAGGAUUACGCCAGGUUUGGAGGAAAAACAGGCACCGUAGAAGUUUCAUUCACUUCGGACCAACCCCAAAGCCUCCCGCAAGGAGAUGACAACAGGAUUACCCCUCAAACUAACAGAAAAGUAACUUCGCCUAGACGAUCUAAUCAUACCAAGUUGUUUGGAGUUCUAUCUCUCAUUCUUCAAGUUUUCAAUACUCACCUUACAGCAGAGAGCGAAGAAUUCUGUACAAGUGUACUACGGAGGGCCCUUGCAGAAAUU